AUGGGCACGGUCGAUCCAACCUAUCCGCUCUACCCCGUUGCUAGUGUUCUUGCUUCAGCAAUGUUGCUGCUGGUGCUGCUGACCAACUUCGUCCGCCAGAAAUGGAACCUAGGUGUCUGGUUCCUGACCUUCUGGCUCUUCUUCGAGAACGCGACCAACGCCAUCAAUGCCUUUGUAUGGUCCGACAACGCCGACAUUAAACUGUAUGUGUACUGCGAUAUCGUUACCCAUAUCCAAAUCAUCACAUAUAUCGUCAAGCCUAUGGCGACGCUGAUCAUCACUCGCCGGCUGUACCUCAUUGCCACCCUCCAGGCCGUAGAGCUUUCCAGCAAGUCAAAGCGACACUGGGAUCUGGCGAUAGAGUGGACUCUCGGACUUAGCAUUUCCUUGCUCGUAGCGGGCCCUAUAUACUAUGUGAACCAGGGCACUAGAUUCAGUGUCUUCGAAGGCUUCGGAUGCUGUGCGGACAACGCGAUAUCAAUACUCGAGAUCCUAAUCUUGGAGUCCUGGACGAUCAUUCCCCCUCUGGUCUCCGUCACGUUUUACUACCCAAAGGUGGCAAUACUGUACUAUCGCCAGAGACAAGCCGUCAACAGCUUCCUCCGCAGCAACCCCUCCGUCUCACACACGAACUAUCUUCGUAUACUCGCUCUUGCCAGUAUCGACAUCUUGCUCACAUUGCCCUUUGCCAUCGUGUCCAUUGCUCUCACCAUCGCGCAGGCGCUGGAAUCUUCGUCCUCAUUUUCGUUUUAUCCUGGCUGGACCUUCCUACACACGGACUGGGAACCGGUGGCUAUUCGCUACGUCGAGGUAUCAUCCGACACUGCCUACCUCGCGCAACUCUACUUCAACAACUGGACAUCCCCCAUCCUCGCGUUCGCCAUCUUCGGCCUCUUCGGCCUAACAUCCGAGGCGUGUACAUCGUACUGGCGCGUCAUCUGCACCGUUGGCGGCUGGUUCGGAUGGAAGCCCUCGGUGCGAGUGCGCGACGGGCCGCCAUCGCUCGGAGAGAUUGAAUUCGGCGCUCGAACGCAGGACAGUGGCAUGUCGGGAUCCGAUCUCGAGGUGGGGUCGCUCGCACCGAACUCAAUGUGUGGCGAUGCACCUAUCUCGAACCGAGUUGUUCAGUUUGCAUCGGUCGAAGAAGCCUCGCUACGGCGCGAGGCAGAUCUGAAGUCGGCGGGAGAAGCGCGUGGUGUGCAUGGACCUGUUGAUGAUGCAAGGGUGCAGUAUCGAACGGAAGAUCAUUUGCCGGUGAUGAAGAACGUAUCGAGUGUCAUGCAGCUCUGCUCGUAUCCGUGCGCUCAGAAGCAUAUCACCGGUGGCGAGAGCAAGGAUCUCAGCACCAUAUGA